AUGGAGAAAGAUGUCUUCAUUAAAUUAUGUAAUGAAUUGGAAACUAAUUAUGGAUUUAAGGGCUCAAAGAGAAUGUGUGCUCUUGAAAUAUUAGGCAUGUUUUUAUUCACGGUAGGUCAUGGUGCUGGAAAUCGGUUAACACAAGAGCAAUUUCAACACUCAGGCGAGACAGUUAGUCGUUAUUUCAACAAGGUUUUAGAUGUUUUAUGUCAUAUGAGUGUAGAUGUAUUAAAAACACCUGACCCUGAAUUUAAAGAUGUUCCUGAAGAGAUAUUGAAUGAUUCAAGAUAUAUGCCUCAUUUUAAGAAUUGUAUUGGUGUAAUAGAAGGUGUGCAUGUGAAUGUCAUAAUUCCUCCUGAAGGUCAAGUACCGUUUAUUGGUAGAAAAGGGAUACCGACUCAAAAUAUUAUGGCAAUAUGGAAGAAAAGAUGGAAAACAUUAAGAGAUAUGCCCAGUUAUCCAUACACGAAGCAAGUGAAAAUAGUAAUUGCAUCAAUGACCUUGCAUAAUUACAUUCGAAGACAUGCUAAACAUGAUCGUCGUUUUGAGAAAAUUAGAGAUGAUUCAAAAUACUGUGCAAAUGAUCAAAAAACUAAUGUUGAAGAUGAAGAUGAAACAUCUAGAACUUCAAAUUCAAAUGGAAUGGACAACAUCAGAGAUAUGAUUCCUACAAGUUUAAUGAGAGAUACCUAG